GUCUGUGUCAGUCAACUUUCGUUUUCUUGGAAAGGUAAACAACUUGUUUUAAUGCAUUAAAUGCUUGUUCAGUGCAAAAUAACAGUUCACUUACAUGGUAAAAUAUGAAUAUAACUCUUUAUGAUCAAUUUCAACCAUAAAAUACUUCACUUAAAACAAUUUCAAUAUUUUUAAAACACCCCCGUUUUUGCACAUUCCCGUUUAGACGUUAGGGAUUGGAAGAAUCCCGUAUAACACGUCUAUUAUUUUAGACUAGACAAAUAAUGGACACGACUGCACAACGCUGGAACGUUCAGAGCAUUUUAUUGAAAAAUUGGUAUACUAAAAAUGAUAAUAAUUAUGUAUUAAAAAAACCCGUUUAUUUUGUACUUCAUUUUUUUCAGUAAGUUUAUGGGCCAAAAUUAAACUACAUAUAUGUAUUAUUAUCAUAUGCUAGUUUGUAAAGGGAACGUUGACUUUGAAAAUACACCAGAUGUUCCUUUGCCGUUUUGACUCUAUCCUCUAAAAUACUCUCCUGCAAAGAGGGGUGAAAUCGAAUUCCCGCCAAACUUCAAAGAAAGGAGAAAAAUACAUCUAUAACCACCAUGGCAUCUGCCCAUCCAGGUGAGUACAGGGGACCUUGUGGAAGGGGUAUUUUUGCCCUCAGGGACUGGACAACACCUCUGAAAAGGCCCGAACACCUGCGGCUGGCAAAGGUUGUAAAUGAUGGCCCAGUGUGGAAAGUUGGCCAGCAGCUGAUGAUGAAGUAUAAUUACCAAGGUAACGCAGACAGCCCUCUCGGAAAGGAACUGACUGUUGCCUGUAAAACACCCGUCAAAUAUGUGUCCAGACAUGAUGAACACUGGAUCAAUGUGCUGACACAAGAAGGAGAUGAGGGCUAUGUCCCUUUUAGCUAUGUUAUGGUUGAUCCCGAGCAAUUGAAUUCUCUACCCUGGCUGGAGGGAAAAAAAGAAGCUCUCGUACAACAAGAAGCGGCUGAGUUCAAGCCAUAUCGGUCAGCAUACGCCCCUAAAGGUAACGAAAACAGUUCUGCACAAGACGCAAGCCAGUAUUAUUGCAGUAUAUGUGAGAAGCAGCUGAACGGCCCAAUACCAUACAAGGUCCACCUGAACAGCAAGGCGCAUAAAGAAGAAGUGGAAGUACACGCCAGUUAAACAAUCAAAAACUUGUUAAAGACACGUAUUGACCAUGUUCCUUUUUAUGCCAUUUAAAGGUAGAAACAUUCAUAUCCGACAUUAUAUGGAUUUACAUGUAUGAUAUUCAUCCAUUUAAAUCGAGAAUACCCUGACUUAUAGGAUGGAUGUAUGGAUAUGUGAUUUCAGCCAUUUUAAGCCAGCUUACCCUGACUUAUAGGAUGGAUGUAUGGAUAUGUGAUUUCAGCCAUUUUAAGCCAGUUUACCCUGACUUAUAGGAUGGAUAUAUGGAUAUGUGAUUUCAGCCAUUUUAAGCCAGUUUACCCUGACUUAUAGGAUGGAUGUAUGGAUAUGUGAUUUCAGCCAUUUUAAGCCAGUUUACCCUGACUUAUAGGAUGGAUAUAUGGAUAUGUGAUUUCAGCCAUUUUAAGCCAGAAUACCCGGACUUAUAGGAUGGAUGUCUGGAUACCGUAAAUGACUGGGUAUUAGACGCACUUUUUUCCCUCAGAUUUUGAUGCAAAAAAAUGCCUGCGUAUAAUACCCAGUAACAAUUUUUUGAACUUUUUUUCUGAGGUCAAUUUCAAGCCGAGAGUUUGUUUAGAUUUAUGUAGAAAGGGAUGUUACUUGCGUCAUAUUGAUCGAGUAUAUACGGGUUAAAACGGCAGUUGAAGAUCGGGAUACGGUAUAUCGUAAGACGUUUAUAAUUUCAACAAAAAUAUUUUUCGAUUAAAGUUACCGUAAUUCACAUAAGAGUUCGGACACUCUUAAAGUUACCGUAAUUCACCUAAGAGUUCGGACACUCUAAAUAUUUGGACACCCAUAAUUAUUUCCCAAAAUAAUUUAUUUUGCGUACCUAAUUUUCGGGCACCCAAAGGACAUCAAUCAUAACUUUCAUAGUUACCAAGUUUCACAGACCAAGAUUAUUGAUUUUUAUCUUUACAAUGCCUGGCUAGAUUACCUAACCGUAUACACCACUGAGACAAUUUAAUUAGUUACUACCCAUCCUAAACGAGUUAUUGCCUGUUGAAAAGGAAGUGUGAUAUAUUUAUUUGAGGAUUAAACAAACAACAAGGGCAAUCGAGGGAUUAAGAAAACAUCCACAUGGCAUGUUUGUAAAACGAUCUGCCAAUAAGCUUUUAAACUUGUACCACACUUAUAGACUAUAUGAAGCAAUAAUCGUACAGUUAUACAUUAAUCCUGCAUAGCAAUGUCCAUGCUCUCCACGAGAUCCUCGUGGGUAUAACUGUAAGUUAUGUGACGUCACACAGUGUGACUCAUUGAUCUGAAGCCGAUAGAAUGUUGUUUAUUCAGUUCAGUGCAUGUAUAAAAAAGGUGUUUUAAUUAACUUCAUGAAGGAUUUACACUUAUAGGCGUAAUAAAUAAGUUUAUGACCAUUGAUUACUACGGAUAAAUUAAUAAGUGGUAAAAAGCAAACAUGAAGAAAAAAGGCAGGUUAAACAAACAUGUAAAUAAAAUGUAAAAAUGAUAAUUUUCUAUGUAUUCGGAGAGCGAAAAAAUAAUUAAUUUAUGGUGUCCGAACUCUUGUGAAUUACGGUAUUCAAUAUUAUUUUGAAUAAUAAAUUGAAUUAAACAAUAAUCAAACUUACGUAUAAAAAAGCAAAGUUUGGCACUGUCAAAAUAUUUUUUGCAUAACAAAACUUUUCAUUCUUGACAGUAUGGUUGUAUGGUUUUAAAGAUAACCAUCGCCAUUUUCACGAAAAAAAUUUUUUUUGUCACUGUCAACAAACAUGGUGGCUGAAAAUGCCGGACGAUUUUGACAUUUUUUCUAUGCGUCUUUUAACCAAAAACAUAGAUUAUAAGUUUUUUCCUCGGAUUGUUCACAUAUUUUUUUUCCUGCGUCUAAUACCCCCUAUCGUCUUAUACCCAGUCAUUUACGGUAUGUGAUUUCAGCCAUUUUAAGCCAGCUUACCCUGACUUAUAGGAUGGAUGUAUGGAUAUGUGAUUUCAGCCAUUUUAAGCCAGGUUACCCUGACUUAUAGGAUGGAUAUAUGGAUAUGUGAUUUCAGCCAUUUUAAGCCAGUUUACCCUGACUUAUAGGAUGGAUGUUUGCCUUUAGGCCAUUUUUAAACUAGAAAUUCUCUUCUAGAAUCAAUUAAUGGUUAUAUAUAUUUGGCCAUCUGAAGCUAGAGAAAUCAAUAGGAAGUUAUACUUGUCUAACGAACCUUAUUAAGUAAUAUGGUCUAUUUUGCUUAAAAAAGCAGUUCAAGCCAGAAAUAUAUUUGAAAUAAUAUUUGUUCGGAUAUCUUUGUGAUUACAAGCUACAUUGCGUAAGAGAGUAAAAUUUUAUAUAUAAGUAAAGGUGUCGUACAUGUAUGCAGUCGAUCAGUGAAAGCUAGAUAUAAUAUGAACUAGAUAGGACUGAUUUAUGUUUGGUUCCAGGCCAGUAAGUAACAGGGUAAUUGUAUUGAGAUGUAUGUGACAGCAUAGUCUUUUUUUGAUACAUUGUAUUGUCUUUGAUUCAGCUAUGUAAUUAUUUGUUUAUUUUCAAAUGUCUUAUACUUGUACCUGAUACAGAUAAAUAUAGCUAUGUAUAGUUUUCUUCUAACUAAUUAUAUUAGGUAUUUUGCUCAACAUUUGUCACAUGAAAGACAUUGUUAUCCCCGCCGAACCGAAGAUUUAGGGAGUGGGAUAUAAUUUUGGCAUUAUCUGUCCAUUUUUUUUCUCUGGCACCAUAUCAUAUAGUGAUUUGUCAGAAAAUGUUCGAGGUUGUUCAGGAAGUUCCCCUUUAUUAUACCUUGAGUGCUUGUGAAAGUGGGUCACAUGGGGUCAAAAACUAGGUGACUAGGUAAAAUCUAAGAAAAAAUAGGGAUUAUAUUUGGUCCACCUUUCAUCAAGCUUAAUCAGAAUGUUCCCCUUUUGGAACAUAAAACUGGGUCACAUUCGUUUAAAAUCUAGGUCACUAGGUCAUAUCUUACAUAUUUUGUCUGGUACCAUAAUAUGUAAUUGAAUGGUCAAAUUUAAUAUGUUCAAUUUCCACAGAGUGUAACCUUUGAAAAAAUCUCUAUUCAUUUUAAAAGUGGUUCACAUGUGGUCAGAAACUAGGUCAUUAGGUCAAAUCUUGGGAACACACUGCAGUCAAAAUAUCUGGUUCAAUGUUAAUGAAACUUAAUCAGAAUUUUUUCUUUGAUGAAAUUAUUGACUUGUUUAAAACUGAGUCAGAGUACUUGUCUUGGUCAAAUCUUCAAAUAGUUGGGAACCAAAUAUUGGUAUUGAUUGAAUUUUCUUCAAACUGUGGUCAAAUGUUCCACCUGAUGUAAUCUUGGUAGACUUUAUAAUUGGGUCACACAGUGUCAAAAAGGUCAUACGUUAAAAUCGUAGAGAAAUCUUAAGAACAAACAGAGGCUAUGUAUUCAGUCCAAUAUUCGUGAAACUUUUAAAAUCAGAAUAUUUGCCUUGAUGAUAGAUUGGUUUAGUUUGAAACUAGGUCACAUUGGGUAAAAAUCUAGGUCACUAGUUGAAACCUAAGAAAAACCUUGGGAACAUUCUUGAGGCUAUAUUUUUGCAGCAUUUCUGGUCAAAUCUUCAUGAAACUUUAUCAGAAUGUUAGCCUUGAUGAAAUAUUUGUUUUGUUUGAAACUGGGUAGCUUUUGGUCAAAACUUUGUUUCAAGGUUAAAUUUAAAUGCUUCACUAUAAUAAUUGUAUACAAUAUUUUUUUAAUUUAAAUAGAUGCAAUCAAACUUAUAACUGAUAUUAAAUGUAAUUAAAAUCUCCAUUGUUCUGCAGCCAUAUUACAUGUUUCUGUUGGAAUAUUUAACCAACUAGUGGACAACACAUGAUAACCAUACCAUUUCCUUUGCCUAAUCUGGCAGGGGAUAUUAAAUCACGGUAUUUGCUUGUUAAUAAUAAAAAAAAAUUGGUUCAGCUUUAAUAUAUUCUGAAAUAGUAAACUGUGAAGUAGGAAUAUCCUUUGAAUUACAAAACCAAUAUUGAUUUGAUAAGUCAAGCAUUGCUAAAUUUUAGACCAAUUGUUGCUUAACCUAAAUAUAUAUUUUUUAUAAAACCUUGUUAUUCGGAGAUAUAUGUGUGAAUAUUCAUAAAACUAAUAUGUGUUUUUUUGCUAUCAGUAAUACUGUCCUUGGAAGAAUCUCAUUAUUAUGAGGUAAAAUGUUUCAGAAAUGUUAGUUGACAUGGAAAAAUGUUGAUUUGGUGAGAAAUUUAUUUGUCCGUGAUGAGUGAUAAUUAUUAAUGAGAUGUUGAAGUAUAUAUAUGCCAGUAUAUAUUUUUGUACAUAUCCAUAUCCUGAUAUGGAAGAUUCAGGGAACUAAAUGCACCCAGGGAUCAUUGUGUCAUGUGAUUGUAACUACCUGAGCACAAAGUGCCCAUGGGUGAGCUGUUGUGGUAGGGGACUGUCUGUCAUACAUAGUGUUAAGCAUCCUUCAUCAACAUUUUCCUUUAAACAACUUAUCCUUUACAAUAGGCCAAUUUCAUCCAAAUUUCAAAGGAAUGUUUAUUGAAAAGUUCUUUUCGAGACUCCUUUAAAAAGAAUGGUUCUAUGUAGAACUAUGGUUGCAAUGGCAACCCAAGGGAAACACUUUGAACAUCUUUUGCUUAUGAGCAAUAUAGGUCCACUUUGACCAUUUUGUUUAAAAUAUUGAUCAUUUUGUCUUGUGUUUUAUAGAAUUAUGAUUACAUUCUUGAAAAAAGUGAAAGACCAGAUCUAUUUGACUUAGACUUAGUAUAGAACAGUUAUGAUUUAUGUUAAUGUUUGGUUGUUACAUACUUAACUCUUGUUUUGUGUUCAUGUAUCUUUGUGUACUUUGCAAACAUGUACAGCUUUUAUAAUGAUACAUUGUAUGUUUAAACUUUUCUUAAGAACACAUUUAGAGAAAAUAGUUUGAAAUGGUUCGUUUUAAUUGUUAAAUGAGUGUAACAUAGAGCCAAUUGUUUGGAGUUUUGUUAAAGUUACAAUGUAAUUAACGACGUCGUUGUUAACUUGUAAACGUGAUCUAUUUGAUGAUGUCCUCACAUAUACACAUAUAAACAAGUUGAGCUGAAACAUUUCUCUCUAAUAUUGUUAGAAAAAAACAGCAUAUCACAAAUGUAUCCAGAACGGUAAGAAUUUGAAAGAUGACAACGAUAAGGUUAACAACUUUGUUGACCCUACCAGAGUUCUGAACAAUCGGCCCAUUGUCGGGAUGUUCUGCUAGAACUUGAAGCUGAAAUGUUGUUUUUCUGUUGUCAAAUUGUGUAUUUGUACUUUGCUGAUGAAGGCAAAUCGCAACUUUUGUCAUUCAAGCUUAUUUUACAAAUAAUUUUAGAAAUAUCUGUAAUUUUUGCUGUGUUUUGUUACGUUCAUAUAACGGCAUUGUUUUGUUAACUUUUCUGUUUUUGUUUGAAUUUGAUGGUCACCAAAUUGUGUUCAUGAUCUUAUUGUUCAUUCAAUCGGCUAUUAUUUUGAACUGUAAUCCUUCAAAUGUUUUAAAUCAGGUUUUGUUUCAUGUUAAAUACCAAGUGUUUCAUUUCAUUGGAUCUCGAAAUAAA